AUGUCGGACCUCAAGGCUACUGUCGUAGAGACGACGAGUGGUUUCCACGUGGAGGGCUAUGAGAAGAUCGAGUAUGACUUCACAUUCCUCGAUGGUGUCUUUGAGACCCAGAACCGGCAGCUGGCUCAGCUGUAUGAGCGAUGGGGUCGUUGCUUGGCCAUCAUGGACAAGAACAUCUUCGAUAUCUACGGUUCGAAGAUGCAGGAAUACUUCAAGUACCACAACGUGGAACUGAAGAUUCACCAGACCAUGAUUGGCGAGAAGGCCAAGUCCCUGGAGACCUUCACUCAGAUCGUGGACUCCAUGACCGACUUUGGAAUCAUCCGCAAGGAGCCCGUUCUGGUUGUGGGUGGUGGUCUGGUCACCGACGUGGCUGGCUUUGCUUGUGCCGCAUACCGACGAAACACCAACUACAUCCGCAUUCCCACAACCGUCAUCGGUCUGAUCGAUGCCAGUGUCAGCAUCAAGGUUGCCGUCAACUACGGCAACUACAAGAACCGUCUCGGUGCCUACCACGCGCCGAUGCACACCAUUCUCGACUUUGGCUUCCUUCGCACCCUGCCUGAGGCUCAGGUGCGGAACGGAUUUGCCGAGCUCAUCAAGAUUUCCAGCUGCGCACACCUGCCCACUUUCAAUCUGCUCGACAAGUACUGUGAGCAGUUGAUCUCCACGAAGUUUGGCCGCGCCGGUGACAACGCCGAGGUGAAGCAGGCGGCCGACGAGAUCAACCGCAAUGGUAUCUUUGAGAUGCUGAAGCUGGAGACUCCCAAUCUCCAUGAGAUUGGGCUCGACCGAGUGAUUGCCUAUGGACACACUUGGUCGCCCUUGCACGAGCUCACCCCUCCCACGCCUCUCCGCCACGGUCAUGCCAUCUCCAUUGACAUGGCCUACUCUGCCACUUUGGCGAACACCCGUGGCCUGCUGAGCGACGAGGAGCACCGCCGCAUUCUGAAGCUCUUCUCCCGCUGUGGGCUUUCCAUGGAUCACGAGUUGUUCAACGAGGAGAUCCUCGCCAAGGCCACCGCGGCUAUUCUCAAGACACGUGACGGAUUACUCCGUGCCGCCGUGCCAAGCCCUCUGGGAAGCUGCAAGUUCCUGAAUGACGUGACUGACGAAGAGAUGGCAGCUGCUCUACGCCGCCACAAGGCCCUUAUGCAGGAGUACCCCCGCAACGGUGCUGGUAUCGAGGCUUAUGUCGAUGCCAGCGACACCGGGUACACCGUCAACGCCGCGGUGGAGGAGCCCACCAAGGAGGUCGAGGCUAACGGCCAGAAGCCGACCGAUCCCGUCGUGGCUGGGGCCAAAGAUGGAGUCCUGAGAACGGGGUUGACGAGCGAGCUGAAGGAUCUUGCGGCUAACGGCCACGCUAACGGUCUGCCCACCGUCCAAGCUCAGACAUGA